CAGAAGAGACGUUACCUGGUUACAGGCGGCCGAUGGAGCAUCUAGUAAUGUGGUGUUAAGGACUCCCCGUGAGGUCAAAGCAAAUUCAGAUAGCAAAGAGUUUCUUGUGCGCCUAGAAAGUAGCCCACUUCCCGCGCUUCCCACCCUGCUUCACGCGUUGCUCACAUUUCACGUGUAGGCGAUGUUAUCUAGCCUCAUCCUCUAGUAGCUAAACAGCGGUAUCACUAGAAGGAGUCUUUGCUCUUUCAGUCGUGUAAUUCCUGCUUCCAUUUCUGUUGGGAGGAAUUCUAAGGAUCACGGGUUUUACGCGAUUGAUCCGAGGGCAAUGGGUCCCAGCUGAGCACAGCGUGAGAGAGAGAGAGAAGGAAAUUGGAGCUGCCAUGGCGGUUUCCUCAGUGGACCCCUCUGCAUUACCAGAGCUCUGGGCCAACGUCUCCCUCCCUGAGUUCCUCCUUAAUGAGACAUUUCUCAAAGACACAUGCCUCUUCAGCGCCUUGAACUGCACCAAUGGAACGGGUACUGGUGUGGCUGGAGUCCUCACCUCACUCAUAUACAUCAUUGUCUGCGUGGUUGGCUUGGGAGGAAACACCCUGGUCAUCCACAUUGUCCUGCAUUAUUCCAAGACUGAGUCUGUCACCAACAUCUACAUCCUCAAUCUGGCUAUUGCUGAUGAGCUUUUCAUGUUGAGCCUACCGUUCCUGGCUGUCCAGAAUGCCAUGAUGUCCUGGCCGUUUGGCUCUUUCAUGUGCCGGCUGGUUAUGACGGUGGAUGGCAUCAAUCAGUUCACCAGCAUAUUCUGCCUGACAGUGAUGAGCAUCGACCGCUAUCUGGCGGUGGUGCACCCCAUCCGGUCUUCCAAGUGGAGGCGGCCACAGGUGGCUAAGGCAGUGAAUGGCUCAGUGUGGGCCAUGUCUUUCAUGGUGGUCCUGCCCAUGGUGAUCUUCGCUGAUGUCUUAGAAAAGGGCAGCGCAUGCAACAUCAACUGGCCAGAGCCCACAAGGAUCUGGCGGGCUGCGUUUAUUAUAUACACAUCCACAGUGGGCUUUUUCUUUCCCCUGCUGGUCAUCUGUAUGUGCUACCUUCUCAUUGUGGUCAAGAUCCGCAGCUCAAGCAAGAAAGUUCAUGCCACCUCUGCCAAACGGCGCAAAUCUGAGCGCAAGGUCACUCGCAUGGUUGUCAUAGUGGUGGCCGUCUUUGUCUUCUGUUGGCUGCCUUUCUAUGCCCUCAACAUUAUCAACCUGAUCGUGUCUCCACCCGGUGAGCUGCAGGGCCUCUACUACUUUGUGGUGGUGCUCUCCUACGCCAACAGCUGUGCCAACCCCAUUGUCUACAGCUUCCUGUCCGACAACUUCAAGCGAGGCUUUCGCAAGGCCCUGUGCCGAUCUUCUCGGAAAGUAGAGAACCACGAACCUCCGGAUCAGCAGCAACAGGACGAGCGCCGUCAGAUCCUGAUGCCCCGUGAGAGUUUGCGCAGGGCCAUGAGAGAUGAUGAAGAGGAGGAUGAGGAAGAAGACAGGGAGGAGAUGACUGAGAUGACUGAGAUUUGCAAGAUCACACAGAACGGGAACAGCAGCAGACAGGCUGAAUGCACCCGUGCUUUGCUCUCUGGCUCCCCAGACAGGAGAGGCCCAUCUGGGGACAGUACUGGCAAAGGCCCUCCUUUUGGUCCGACCACAGCCCUGCUGAAUGGAACAAAAAAUGGUAGCGUGAAACCCCUGCCAGAGGAGCCUGUGGAGAAGAACACAUCACUGGAGAUUAGCUACUUGUAACACGACUCUGAAAGUGUCUGUCUUCUAUGCUACUUGAAAUGGAGCCACAGUAUUUGUAUCUUGUUCAAGUUCAAGUCCUGCCACACAGGAGCAUCAUUCAAAUUUGCAGUAAUUCUCAGAUUUUAUCAUGAGCCAUGCUCAAGGCCAGAAUGUACCAACCCUAAGAGCUCUUUUGUAAUAUUAUAAGAAAAAUAAUACAAUUGUAAGUUAUGGAACUUUUUUCAGGGACUGUUUGUCUUACCUGUACAUCUCUACAAAUUAUAUAGUUUCUAAAGAGGAUAUUAUUACUUCUGCCUUUUUUUCAAAUUCUUGUAGAAUUCAUGCAUUGCAAAAAUCAACUCCUUAUAUGCUUACAUGUAUGUUCUUUAAAAUUGUUAUGGGGUUUCAUUCAAUGCAGCUGUUAUCAUAAGAGUGAAACAAAACUGAUUUUCAGUUACAUUCAACUGUAUUUAAAUCAAGAAUGCUUUUCUGUAAUGGAGCUGUGUGAGAUUGUGACAUUAAACAGACACAUAACACCUGCAUAUGCACUGUGUAAGAUGAUUAUAAAAUGUUUAUGUCUUGUCAUUUAUUUUGCAUUACGUAUGUAUGGUAAUAUCCUUUACAAUUUUGUCAUCCGCAUAAUGUUUUGGAUAAGUUUGUGUUGUUAAAUAAUUACUAUGUUUGUGCUGGUUAUGCAUGGCUAUAUAUGUUUCAUGUAAAUAUCACAUAUCAAUAUAUCAAUGUAUCUGUCAAUAUAUUUAAUAGCCUCUCCUCAAUGGUCCUUAAUAUGAAAGACUUGUAAUGGAUGGAAGGAUCUUAAUGUGCAUUUUAAAAUUUUUAUGAAUAAUAGUUGAAGACAUAUUGAAGUGCACUUGACAAGCUAACAGGUAACAAAAUUGGUCAACUUUUCCCAUAGCACUGCAAUCAUGUUUCUCUAGGUGUUAUGUGAGUUAUAUAGAAUAAAGACACAGAGCAUAAGUGUG